AUGGUUGUGGACGUGGACAAGCAGGCCGUGCUGGAUGUGGACGUAGAUGAGCAGGCCAUGCUGGACACAGACCAGACGGCGCAGGACCAGACAGCGGCACAGCAGCCCCUGAGGACUGAACAGCAUGUGCUCUGCUCAGUCCACAUUAUUCCAUCCAUAACGGAACAACCAGUCAAGAGCUUGGGGAAACUCUUUGACUCCAGCCUGAAAGACUCUACUGCCAUUCAGAAGGCAAAUGAGGAGCUGGGAGCGUGGCUCAUUAAGGUGGAUAAGUCCGGCCUGCCUGGAAGAUUUAAAGCCUGGAUCUACCAGCAUUCCAUCCUGCCCCGAAUCCUGUGGCCCUUGCUUGUCUAUACAGUUCCAAUAACUACUGUGGAAUCUCUUGAAAGGAAGAUCAGUGGCUUUCUUCGUAAGUGGCUGGGACUUCCCCGCAGUCUCACCAGCGCUGCCUUGUAUGGGGCAAGCAACAGCUUGCAGUUACCUUUCAGUGGCCUCACAGAAGAGUUCAAGGUGGCUCGCACACGAGAAGCCCUACAGUACAGAGAUUCUAAAGACUGCAAGGUGGCAUCAGCAGGUAUUGAGGUAAGGACAGGAAGAAAGUGGAAGGCUGAGAAGGCAGUUGAGGUGGCAGAGUCACGCCUAAGGCAGAAAACACUGGUGGGGGUCUUAGCAACAGGGGGAGCAGGCUUGGGGUACUUCCCAAAGGCCCAGGUCAGCAGGGCACAGGGAAAGGAGAGACACCAGCUACUCCAGGAAGAGGUCCGAGCAGGUGUGGAGGAGGAGCGAGUAAGUAGAGCUGUAGGCCUUAAGCGGCAGGGAGCAUGGACAAGGUGGGAGAGCACCUUGCAGCGCAAGGUCACCUGGGCAAACAUCAUGCAGGCAGACUUCCACCGGAUCCGAUUCCUAGUGCAGGCAGUAUACGACACUCUGCCAAGCCCAGCAAACCUCCAUCUGUGGGGGAAGAGCGAGACACCUGUCUCUCCCCUGUGCUCUGGAAGAGGGACCCUAGAACACCUCCUUAGCAGCUGCCCAAGGGCCCUGGCCGAUGGUCGGUAUCGUUGGCGGCACGACCAGGUGCUCAGAGUAGUUGCUGAAAAGAUUGUCUCAGCAAUCAGCACCAGCAAGCAUCAUCAUGCUCCGAGGAAGGCAAUCUCUUUCAUCAAGGCUGGAGAGAAACCCCAGGUGCGCCCGAAUUUAACAUCCGGCCUCCUCAACACAGCCUCUGAUUGGCAGCUACAGGCUGACCUGGGUAAACAGCUAAAGUUCCCUCAGAACAUUGCAAAAACAUCCCUCCGGCCAGACAUGAUAAUUAUUUCUGAGGCCUCAAAACAGCUGAUCAUGCUGGAACUCACAGUGCCUUGGGAAGAGCGGAUCGAGGAGGCCAAUGAAAGGAAACGAGGAAAGUACCAGGAACUAGUGCAGGAGUGCAGGGGAAGGGGCUGGAAGACUUUCUAUGAGCCCAUAGAAGUGGGUUGUAGGGGCUUUGCAGGACGAUCACUCUGCAAAGUCCUAGGCCAGCUGGGCGUGGCUGGGGCAGCCAAGAAGAGGGCCAUCCAGGCUGUGAGUGAAGCGGCAGAGAAAGCCACAAGGUGGCUGUGGAUCAAGAGGGCUGAUCCGUGGGUAGCUACUGGUACGCAAGUCGGGGCCUGAUCACCCCCGGCUGGGUC